CGAGCCUCUGCGCCAUUACUAUUAGGGACAGGACAGGACACGAUGCCACCGGCGCCCGAUGGCAAGAUUUAUUCGGCUACAUACAGCAAUGUGCCUGUCUACGAGUUCAAUGUCGCCGGCAACCAUGUAAUGCGCCGUCGCGCCGACGACUGGAUCAACGCCACCCACAUCCUCAAGGUCGCCGACUUCGACAAGCCAGCGCGAACCCGCAUCCUCGAGCGCGAAGUCCAGAAGGGCGUCCAUGAGAAGGUGCAGGGCGGGUACGGAAAGUAUCAAGGAACAUGGGUGCCACUCCACGACGGGCGGUUGCUGGCAGAGCGCAACCAAGUCCUCCACAAGCUCCUUCCCAUCUUCGACUUCGUGCCUGGCGACAGGAGCCCGCCGCCCGCUCCGAAGCAUGCCACGGCCGCCAGCAACCGCCCCAAAGCCCCGAGACAGAGCGCUGCUGCGGCCAGGAGAAACGGUAAUAACAUAUAUUCACUUGAAAGUCUGCAGUCCUUCGUAACCGCCAAUUCGCAAUCGCAAGUCAGCGAGGAGCAGUAUGAAGACUCCCAGAUACAGUCACAGCCCCACCCCUACCGCGAAGAGACGCCCGACAAUGACACGGUGGUCUCGGAAUCCAUGCUCGGCGACCAGGACAUGCUCCAUGCCUCGCAGUAUUCUACUGGCAGCCGCAAGCGCAAACGAGGCGCCGACCAGAUGUCUGUCCAAGACCAGCAACACCAGAUUUGGGCUGAUGCACUGCUCGACUAUUUCAUGUUGUUAGAUUCCGACGAUCAAUUCGUUAACCCCCCUGAACCGCCAACCAACGUCAAUCUUGACAGGCCGAUUGAUGAAAAAGGGCAUUCGGCUAUGCAUUGGGCGGCCGCUAUGGGUGACGUUGCGGUGGUGAAGGAGCUGCUCCGACGGGGGGCGCGCAUAGACUGCCUAUCAAACAAUCUCGAGACCCCACUGAUGAGAGCGGUCAUGUUUACUAAUAAUCAUGACAAAAAGACCAUGCCGCAAAUGGUCAAGAUACUGGCGCAGACUGUCGUACGGACGGAUUGGUUUGGCAGCACUGUAUUCCACCAUAUUGCAGCAACGACAAGUAGCACUAACAAGUUUGUGUGCGCACGGUACUAUAUGGACGAAAUUAUGAACAAACUACUCGAAACCUGGAUCCCUGACGAAGUUUCACGGGUGCUGAAUAUGCAGGAUCAGAACGGAGAUACAGCCAUCAUGAUUGCGGCCCGCAAUGGGGCAAGGAAAUGUGUGAGGAGUCUACUCGGGCGGAAUGUCGCUGUUGAUAUACCGAACAAGCGAGGGGAAACCGCCGACGACCUUAUUCGGGAGCUUAAUCAACGGAGGAGAUUACAUGGCAGACCGCGACAAGCUUCUUCGUCACCGUUUGCGCCGCCACCGGAGCAGAGGAUCAAUGGACACGGAAGCCAGAUUGAUGGGCCAGUGCCUUUGAUCCCACUCCCAUUCCCUAGCCUCGCGGUGCGCGAGCCAGCACAAUAUCGCUCACAGACUGCCUCGCAUCUCAUGACGAAGGUCGCGCCUACAUUGCUGGAGAAGUGCGAAGAGCUGGCGGCAGCCUACGAAUCCGAGCUCCAAGAGAAAGAAGCGGAGUCGUUAGAUGCCGAACGCGUGGUCAAGAAGCGACAAGCUGAAAUCGAAGCGAUACGGAAGCAGGUUGCAGAGUUAGUCAGCAUGAACCACAGCCUGCAGGACAAUUCUGGAUUAGGUGAUGAAGAAGCUGACCGAGCGCAAGAAGAGGAGCUUAGGUUACUAGUUGAGGAGGCAGAGAGUCUACUAGAAGUUGAGCAGAAGAAUAUGUUGAGGCACUUGUGUGCAGAGGUCCCGCAACAUGACCACUCUGGAUCAGGCGUUUCACCCCCAGGCUCCACCGUCGAUCUUAAUGAGAGAAUGAGGCUCUCCUUACUUCUGCAUAGAGCGCAACUUGAGCGGAGAGAAUUGGUCAAGGAGGUUGUGUCCAAUAUGUCGGUCGCAGGUAUUGGCGAAAAGCAAGCUGUCUACAAAAGCUUGAUUGCCAAAGCGCUAGGCGAAAGGGAAGAAGAUGUUGAAGCAAUGUUGCCAGAGAUAUUGAACGAGCUCCAGGAGGGCGCUAUGGCAGAGAUGGCGGAGGGGUUAGAAGCAAGUCCCUUGUAGACCUCCUCUCAAACUUGUCCUCUCUGUUGUCUCAAAGCGAGGGGAGGUGGACUUCUCUGGAUACAUGCCAUGUACCUGUCAUUGCAGGUGGUUUGAACGAUGAUGACUGGAGGCAAGCCCAAGCGUCUGUAUGAUAGAUUUCACAAUGAUGAUGGACAACCUGAUGAAGA